UGCGUAAACAACAAUUCCAGAACAUGUAAGACUAUUGUCCCUCGAUCCUUGAGUCUCUCCCGAUCGGCAACAAUUAACACAACACUCAGCAGCUCAAUAUGCAAUAACAAAUAAAAUAAUAAACCCUAUAAAGGAACCAGGAUGUAUCACAUUCUUUCCAGAUUCAUAGGUAGCGAUCAUAGCAGUCAGGCCCCACGUGAUCAAAUCUAUAUUAGUACUACUACUAGACAGGAUUAAACUACCUGAACAUUACCAGAAAACUAACAAAAACUGUUAGGCUCAUAAUGAUCAGGGUAUAUAUAAUAGCAUUGUCCGUGGAGAAAAUUGGUUUCCAGGAAUCCACUUUCACAAGCAUUUCUUAACCCACUCUCACUCGCCUGUUGAGUGCUGAAGUAACCUUGUUGGCGAAAGACUUGACCACUAGACAUAAAAUUGACCACUAGACAUACCAUGGAUUAUGAAAUUGUGCAGUAGGUGAAAUCAGUGUUGUAACUGAUUGUCACUUGUCAGAUACUUGUCAAAAACGUCGUCGGAUCUAUAGUUAUUGAUUUGUGUUUUGCUUGUUAUUGAACAAUGGACCGCUUGUCGCGGCGCCGCGAUUUUUGGCCAAAAUAAUCGCGAUUUUCUUUUGUCCUUGUGUCCCUCCGAAGGAUGUCGAUAUAUGUGAGGUGUGGUCUUCCCCUUCGACGAUGUCCUUGAAGGGGUUCAACUGAGUUGGCGGCCAGUUCCAGACUUCAAAGGAAAUCUUGUGCCUCCGCAACACUAUACUUAUAAGAUCAAGGUCGUCCUUACCCUCUAAUAUAAGGACACCCUCAUAAUGUAGUCGAUUACGAUUAUGAAUAGAUAGGGCGCCAAGGUGUCUCCCUGCAUCACACGGUAAUCACACGAGCAAAAGUAUCUGCAUACAUUCUUUGUAUCAAACCUACAAUCUCCUUGGGAAUGCCAUAUGCCAGGAGGAUCUUCAUGAGGAGUCCACGGUGCACGCUGUCGAAUGCCUUCUUGAAAUCAAUGAAGAGCAUUUCCGCAGUCAGAUCUUUAUCCCGGGCUCCCUCGAAUACCCUUCUUAGACCAAGAAUAUGGCUAGUUGUUGACCUACUCUCCCUAAAUCCGUUAUGAUUGAUCCUUAAGAUGUCUUCCAUGGCAGGCUUGAUCCUGUUCUGUAUCAUCUUAUUGAGAGUCUUACUCACUAUAGCAUAGUAUAGAUGUCAGUGCAAUACCUCUAUAGUUAUCUACUUUGGUCAAAUUCCCUUUUUUUAGAACAGGCACGAUGUUUAAGUGCUUCCAUUGGUCAUUAACUAUCCUCGCCAGAAUGGAACAAAUAAACCAUGUUUACAAUGAGAUAACAUCACGUGAUCGAAUCACGUGUUUUAUAAAAAAGCUAGAGAUUAAUGGGUAAGGAGACUGCUUUUCAUGUGUGUGGAAUGACGGAGCAUGACUACGGUAUUUAAAGGACGGUCCUGUGGUCCGUACCUCACUUUUCAGCCUUAGUUCAGCACAAUGGCGAGACUUUUCGUUUUUCUAGUGGCUAUCGUAGCCGUCCUUGGACUCGUUGAAGGAGCAAAAGGAGACAAAAGGAGAAGAAGAGCUGCAGCGAGAUGCGCCAAGAACGUCUUGAAGUUUGAGUCGUGUCUAAAAGAGGGAUACAAAUCAACAGCAGGGUGUAUCUCUGGAGAUGGGGAACUUAAUAAAAAGGAUAUGAGGAAAUGCAGAACGAUCGAGAAACGGUUAAAGAAAUGUGACUACUCUUGCGACAAAAAAGUUGAACCAGAGCCAGAGCCGGAACCACAACCAGAACCGCAGCCAGAACCACAACCAGAACCACAACCAGAACCACAACCAGAACCACAGCCAGAACCACAGCCAGAACCACAACCAGAACCACAACCAGAACCACAACCAGAACCACAACCAGAACCACAACCCGAACCACAUCCAGAACCACAGCCAGAACCACAACCAGAACCACAGCCAGAGCCACUCCCAUAUGACUUGAAUUGCAAAAGAGUUGGAUUUGACUUUUAUGGAGCUGACAUCCGAAGUUUCAGCGCAUCAAGCUUUGAAGCUUGUGCCAUGGCAUGUGUUAACGAACCCGGCUGCAAAUCCAUCACCAUGAGGAACUCAGAUUGUCUGCUGAAGAACAAGAAAAGUGGACAAAACGGCCCGUCAACCAACGCCGCUCGGACCAGCAUGAACUUGGAGUGUGACAGGUCAGCUGUAGACAGUAGUUGCAAAAGAGACAACUUUGACUUCGAUGGAGCAGACCUCAAAAGCUUUAUAUCAGAAAGCUUCGAGGACUGUGCUAGCCACUGCCGAGACACACCAGACUGUCAGUCCUUCACCCUCAAGAAAUCUAACAACUACUGCUGGCUAAAGAACAAGCGAGGAGGACGGACUGGACCCAAACCCUCUGAUGGUCAAAUCAGUAUGAACAUCGACUGUGCUCCAAAACCAGGCUUUGUAGCUUCCGACAGAUCAUGUGCCAUGGACGGUUUUGACUUCGUAGGUGCAGAUUUGAGGAGCUUCAGAGCUGAGAGCUAUGAGGCCUGUGCCAUAGCGUGUAGUGAUACAGCUGAUUGCCAAUCAUACACUCUACAGAAGUCAGACAACUACUGCUGGUUGAAGAGGAAGAGAGGAGGAGAGAAUGGACCCUCUAAAAACAACGCCAAGAUCAGUAGGAACAUGGAGUGUGAAACUUCACUAUAAGAAAGUCUGACAACCACUGCUGGCUGAAGACGAAGGCUGGAGGACAAAACGGUCCAGGAGCUAACAGUGGUUUAAUUAGUGCAAACAUGAUUUGUUAAAAUACUUUAUCUUCUUUGGUUUGAAUUCUUUAUCAUACUUCUGUUAUAGCAUGGAAUAAAAUUAAGAUUAGAGGCAUUUUUAAUAAGAUUUGAAAUAAAUAAAUGAAAUGUUGAAAAUGAAAGGAUAAUGAUCUUGAUUUUCACUUAUAAACAUUACGUAGCAUUUUG